AUGAGUUUCGUCGCACCACUUGUCCCAUCUCCUCAGAAUGAGCACGCCAAACGUACCACCGAGCUCUUUGUCGUCUUUUACGAGGAAAUCGGAAAGUGGCCCUGGGAGGUCAUCGAUUUCGGUCCCCGAAAAUGGGGUCAGAAUCUCGUCCACGACUUCACGAGACUUCUAAGCGUUGACCUUCCUAAGACCGAGAAUGUGUCACUUACGGAACUUAUCGAAUACUUGCAUCACAACUCUGCGGAGCACCCCAAGGUCCAGUAUCAAUACCAGCUGAGCAUGAUGCUCAUUGCAAAAGCCACCAAGUGGUUGGCAGAGAAGCGUGAGCUCGCUGACGACUCCGGUUCCGAUUCUGACGGGUCAAUCCUGAAUGAGCCUCAGAGUAUCACUCGGAACAGAAAGCGUGCCCGGGCUCUUCGAGUUGCUAACAGAUCCUCGCGUCCAAUUCGAUCCGCCCGUAAACGCCCAAUUAACUACAGCGACCGUCACCAUUUCCAACUCCAUAAUGUUGACGAUUCUGAAGAUGAUGGCGCUGAAGGUGCCGCCGAUGGAGGAAACGAGGGACCCCAGGAAGUGGUUGAGCUCGAGUCAGCCGAGCCUCCCGUCAAGCGCAGGCUAAUGGUGUUCUUCAAAUUUUCAUCCGAGAACACCCAAGAGCUAUCUAGGCUCUUGGGGCCUGGCAGCGGCAACGGCAAGGCCGAGGCAUUACGACACUCGAUUCCACAGCAAAAUGCCGGAAGAGGAAACCGCCGUCUCGAUACACCUAAUGAAUCUCCGAAUGAAGCCCAACUUGCCUACGCCGACCAUCUCAAGGGCGAGAUUGCCAAGGUGGAGGAGAACAUCACGCGCACCGAAGCUAGUAUAAACAACUCAUCCCGACGUCGUGAAGGUUAUCUCAAGAUCGUCCGCAACAGCGCCGAGGAUCUUGAGAAAGCCACGGAAGAAGCCACCGAGGCCUCACAAGCGGUCCAGCACGCAAGAGCACUCUGCGAAGCCGACGCUCAGGUCGUCGAGGAAUUGCGCCGUAUAAGCAGCGAUAACCCGAGAAUCCUCACCGAAGAGAACUUCCAGCACUUCAAAGAGAACACCCCUGCACAGAAAGAGAAGAGAGACGCUGAGAAUGCGUUGCGCACCAAGCAAAAACGUCUGAAUGACGUCAAGACCAAGCUUCAGAUUGCAGAGGCCAACAUAGACCCUCUGAACAGCAAAAUCAGCGAGUUGCAUGACGUGAUGAACGCAAAGAAGAAUGUUCGUCGAAGCCUGGUUGCGAUGCAUCGGCUUGCGGCAAUGGGUGGGGAGGAAAUUGAAGAGACUUUGGGGGAGAAUGGUCUUGAGGAGUGGUUGAGGGAACAGGUCUGA